GCCGCCGUGCCCGGCACAAGUAUGGCCGAUCGACGCGUCAGUUGUGCUAAGAGGUUAAAGGUGAUAACGGCGGGGAGGGGGCUGGUUCCAGGAAGAUGGCAGAGAGCGAGCGGCAGACGGGCUCCCCGGAGGAGGCAAUAGCUCCCCUCUGCCAAAGCUUCAUGAUCCCCAAAAAGGAAAUAAACAUGGUUCCUGACAUGGCCAAGUGGAAACGCUCUCAGGCAUAUGCGGAUUACAUAGGUUUCAUCCUCACCCUGAACGAAGGUAUCAAGGGCAAGAAGUUGACCUGUGAAUACAAAGUCUCUGAGCCAAUUGAAAAGCUGAUGGAGCUCCUGGAUACCCUCGACAGAUGGAUAGAUGAGACCCCGCCAGUGAGCCAGCCCUCUCGUUUUGGGAAUAAGGCUUUCAGGACUUGGUAUGCCAAGCUAGACCAGGAAGCAGAAAACUUGGUUAAGACAGUGAUCCCUGAGCAUCUGGCUGAAGCUGCAGCAGAGGUAGCUGUGUACCUGAAGGAAUCCGUGGGGAACUCCACCCGCAUUGACUAUGGGACAGGUCACGAAGCAGCAUUUGCAGCCUUUCUCUGUUGCCUGUGCAAAAUUGGUGUUCUCAGGGUGGAUGACCAGUUGGCCAUUGUCUUCAAAGUGUUUAACAGGUACCUGGAGGUGAUGCGGAAACUCCAGAAAACUUACAGGAUGGAACCAGCUGGUAGUCAGGGAGUAUGGGGCCUCGAUGACUUCCAGUUUCUGCCCUUCAUAUGGGGCAGUUCCCAACUGAUAGAGCACCCAAACCUAGAGCCUCGGCACUUUGUUGAUGAGAAGGUGGUGAACGAAAACCAUAAGGACUACAUGUUCCUGGAAUGUAUCCUCUUCAUUACUGAGAUGAAGACUGGCCCUUUUGCUGAGCACUCCAACCAGCUGUGGAACAUCAGCGCUGUACCUUCCUGGUCCAAAGUGAACCAGGGUCUCAUCCGCAUGUACAAGGCAGAGUGCCUGGAGAAGUUUCCUGUGAUCCAGCAUUUUAAGUUUGGCAGCUUGCUUCCAAUCCAGCCCGUCACAUCUUAAGAGGCCCUGGGAGGAGUCGAUGGAGCAGAGACGACAGUGCAGUGCUCUUCCUCCCCCCUCCUCACCUCUCCAGUCCCCAGCCCAUUCAUCCCCGCAGGUCUUUGUAUGUACAACUAGAGAAAGUUACAAAGCACUUAACAACCUUGCAUGGAAGAAGUGACCAAGAGCAGCUGCCCAUGCAAGUUCUCCUCACCCUGACACUGGGAAGUGACAAAACCAGGGCUGUGCUUCUAGCCUCCAGUAUGGUCUGUCCUCCGCUGUCUGUGGCUCGAAGGACUGCUGCGUAGUGAGCUGGGCAGGAGUAUGAUUUGAAUGGGGCGUGGGAAGGGGAUACCUCUAGUAUGGCUUUACAAGAAGACCUCUGCUUUUAUCCCCUGGUGUAACUGGAUGGGAAGGGGAGGGGGAGGCGUGUGUGCAUGGGGAGGGGGGCAGUUAGUUUUUUUUUCCC